UUCGCGCCCGACGUGCCGACCACACACGCGUUCGCCGAAUCUUCCGUCGCACCGCAAAACCGAACGGAUUUCGCGCCGCACACGAACCGUCUCCGAUUCGACACUAAUAUCGUUUCCGGUCUAUCCGUCGGUCGAUUAUCGCGGUGUUUCCGGCUUCCGAAAUCCCCUCCCCGAAAAUUCGUAUUAUUAUUUGCUCGCGCGCGUUAAAAAAAAAAAUAAAAUAAAUCUGACAUCGUCUCGCCGCAGACGACGUUCGCUGUCCGUCGUCGCGUCGUUUGUACGAACGAUCGGGGCCUAGCGCGGCAAUAGGAACGGAUCGACAGAGGUGCGCGCGGCCGCGACGAGCGUCGUCCACCAUGCGUGCCGCCGCGCUGACCGCGGUCGCGGUGUUGGCCUGCUGCCGGCCGCCGAUGCCGGCCGUCCGGGCCGCUUGCCUGCACACGGCCAGAGACCUGCAGGCCCAGGCCCGCGCGUCCGAGGUGGUGGUCAAGGCGCUGGCCAUGCGCGUGUGGCCGGAACCCGACGGCCUGGUGGGCGGCCACUUUGCCGUCAUGGCCGUUUACAAGGGCGCCAGGGCCGUGAAAAACGUGUUACGCGUCGGCGGCACCGACUUGUUCAACAUGCACGACAAAAGAAUGAACGUGACGGGAUUUUGGAACGAUUUAUCGGGCGACGGGCACAGGGCGUGCGGUGCCAGAGCGACUGUGGGCACGUAUUAUGUGCUAUUUGCAGACGUCGUGCAUGGCCGAUUUGUAGCCAAAGACAGACAAGGCGCGUUGGUCGAGUGGACAGACGGCAACGAGAGGGCCGUGUGGCACGGACUCGGAUGGGGUGACUGGAGUGAUUGGUCGGCGUGCAACGUAUCAUGUGACACUGGCCUGCAGUAUCGGUUUCGACGUUGUCUGAAAUGCGGGCAAGGACAUAACAAGGAAAUGCGAAAGUGCAACGACUUCUCGUGUGACGGGGUUACAGAACUGAUUGCGCCGGGUGACCGCGUGCGUACCGUUGGUGGAAAGCUAAACGGUAGCGAAAAUGAGUUCAAUCUUCUCAACACAGUUGGCUUCUCGAACUCGUUUUCAUUGUUGAUCACUCUGCGAGUACAACCAAAAGUGGAUUUUGGUACUGUUUUUCGUUUGUCUUCAUCGAUAGAACCAUUCAAAGUCAUUACGCUUGAAGUUAGUGGUCCAGACCUAUUACGAGUUUCUGUAAACACAAGGCAGUCAAAUAGGUCAGUGCUGAUCGCUGCAGUUUUAGCCGAUGGAAUUACUCAUCAGCUAGGGUUGGGAUUUCAAGAAGAUGAAAUCAUAGCUUAUUUGGACUGCAGAUGGGUUACGACUGAGACGCUGAUGCAAAAUUCGUAUGCCUCAUCUCCGGAAUAUUAUGAUAUGGACGUCUUUGAGGAAUCGUUAACGGCGGAUUUGGUGCAAAUGAUUGUCGUUCCGGAUCCAACAGCCGUUUCAGACCAGUGCACCGUGUUUCGGAUAGCCGUGCUGGACACAGAGAUUGUCAAAACCAAAAUAAGAGAUAAAUCUCAAAGUAGUACCAAUGGAAUUAUUAACGGUGAACAUGAAAUUAAAAGAACUAUUUCCAAACACUCGGAUUCCGUUUAAUGAGAUCCGAGGAUGGACCUCGACCGGAGACUGAACAAAGAAUACGUCGACGUAUCAACGCACGAUCGUGUAUACAUAAAUACAAAUAUUAUUGCAAUUCAAUAAUAAUACGUCGGUGUUGUAAAAAGAAAAAAAUGUUCGUUAAUUAUAAAUAAACAUUAUUGUUCGAAAUUCUCGGAACUAUUAUAGGUAUGCACGUAAUAAUAAGACGUACUACGAUGAUGUCAAUGUAUAUAUAAUAAAUUAUUAUUGAUAAUUUAAUAUUGUAAUAUUCGAAGGUUUUUUUUUUAUGAAUUUAAAUCGUCAUCGGAACGCGACGGAGUCAAAUAUCGACGACGCGAUUUGAUAUUAUUAUUAAUAAUUUGUAUUGUAGUAUAUAAUAAUAAAAUGAAAAAUAUUUAUUUGAUGUUUGUACAUAAUAAUAAUUAUUAUAAUAUCACAAAAAUACGAUAAAUAUUAUACUAUGUUCACGGUUUUUAUGUGUGCGCGUUUUGUGUAUGUGCAAACAAUGUUUUAUUGUAAUAAUUAUAAAAAAAAAAAAACUAUAAUCUAUUGAAACGAUAAGCUUUUAAUCAAUGAACUUCCUCCUUUCACGCACAAUCUCGUUUUGCGGGUUACGUUGUAUUAUAAUAAAAUUAUAUACAACAAUAACAACA